AUGGCGGCUUCCAGAACAUCUCAGGCCAGCGUGGCCAUCAUCAUCACUAGCACUCGAACCCCUAGGGUAGGGCCCAAGAUCGCAAACAUCGUCAAAGACAUCGUCGAAGAAGCAGAUGAGAACGAAACGAAGCUCUCUUUAGUCGACCUUGCAGACUUCAAGUUGCCCAUCUAUGAUGAGACCGUUGUUCCAUACCAAGUGCCCUCUCAAGCAACCUAUGCAAAUGAACACAGUCGUCGCUGGAGCGCUGAGAUCUCCAAGCACGAUGCAUAUGUUCUCGUUGUCCCAGAGUAUAACUAUGGAAUGGCUGGCGGCACAAAAAAUGCGAUUGAUUACCUGAGAAACGAAUGGAUAGGCAAGCCCGCAGCCAUCAUCAGCUACGGGAUGACGGGUGGUAAAAACGCUUCCGAGCAAGUCAAGGUGUCGCUUGAGGGAACCGAGAUGCGCGUCAGCCCUACAAGGCCUCAGCUGGUAUUUUUCAAGAACGAUGAAAUAUCCGAUAUUUUCACAGCCAUGCACAAGGGAGAGCUCGGGGAAAAAUCGCGCGAGGCCUGGACGAAUGAGAAUAAGGAAGACAUCCUAAAGGCUUUUGGCGAAUUAAAGGAGGCUCUCAACUCUCCUGCAACAGCAAUGAAGAGUUAA